CUUUACAUUUAAUGUCGUCUGCAUCAGUCAUGUGACGUCAAUAUAUGUUCAGUUUGCAAUGAUAGUUGGGAAGAUAAUGGUGCUGACUUAAUUGUAAUGUAAAUCUUAAGGAAAGACUUAUAUGAGUGAUUCUUCAGUUAAUUAUUUAAUGAAGUGUUUAUGAAUUCACGGCUGUUGAUCCGAUACGAGAUGUCAAAUUAAAAGCUGCUGUACAGAAUAGGAAGACUGGCUAAAUUCAAACGCCCCCAGUAUUUUUAAGAAGUUGUUUAAAUUUCCUGUAAUAUAUUUAGUCAUACAACUGAGAUGUUUUCAGCUACAUAAAUAUCAUUUCGUUCACCAUGAAAGCACGAUGACAGUGGUUGUAAAAGUGGUGAAUGUAGGAUCGUCUGUGGGCGGAAUGUUAAACAAGUCACAACGUCUCUUGUUGGGGCUCUUCGUCCUUCUGCUAGUUGAUGUUAUAUGGGUAUCUUCCUCAGAGUUGACCAAGUAUAUAUAUCACAAUGAAGAUUUUGAAAAACCUUUCUUCAGCACAUAUGUGAAGACUUCAAUGUUCACUCUGUAUCUUCUGGGGCUGUGCUUUUGGCCACCUUGGAGGGACCAGUGUAACAAACCUGCCACAUAUAUGUAUAUUGACCCAAAUGUGGAAGAUGAAAACUUCUAUACAGAGGGAACUACAAGUCUGAGUGAUCCUACAUUUGUUCCAAUAAAAUUCCCAGAUCUGAGUGACAGAAGCUCAGGAACUGAGAGUGAUGACUCAUCUGUAAAGUCUGUACGUUUCAGCAAACUUGCUGAGGUUCGCCACAUGUCAGAGACUGAUGCAACUGAAGCACUUUUGGCACGUCUGUCAUAUCAAGCCAGUGUACGUGCGGGAGAAGUUGCAAGACGAGCAGCUAGUAAAUUCCCUAUACAGAAAGUUGCAAAAAUUGCUCUUAUAUUUUGCAUUUUGUGGUUUAUUGCCAACUAUACAUAUCAGAUUGCUCUAGCUGAUACUGAAGCAGGCAUUGUCACAGUUCUGUCUUCAACAUCCAGUUUAUUUACGCUUAUAUUGGCUGCUCUUUUUCCAUCGAACCUUGGUGACCGCUUCACUCUGUCUAAAUUGGUAGCUGUUUGUAUUAGCAUCAGUGGACUUGUGCUGGUCAGCCUGUCAGACCUCAAAGUUGAAUUGAAGGUUCCAACAGGAGCUAUUUUGGCUCUAGUUAGCGCUUUCUUCUAUGCUGCAUACUUGGUCUUCUUACGUAAGAAAGUAGAUCAUGAAGAUAAAAUGGACAUUCCUAUGUUUUUUGGAUUUGUUGGAUUGUUUAAUCUGCUACUGUUGUGGCCAUUGUUCUUCCUUUUCCACUACAGUAAUUGGGAAUUGUUUGAAUGGCCUACACAGCAUCAGUGGACAUUCCUCUUACUCAAUGGCUUGGUUGGAACUGUACUAUCAGAAGUACUUUGGCUCUGGGGCUGUUUCUUGACAUCAUCACUGAUAGCUACUGUUGCCAUAAGCCUCACAAUUCCAAUGUCAAUGUUUGCUGAUGUGGUGUUUAAAAGAGUGAAUUAUCCAUCCAUGUUCUACAUUGGUUCUGUACCAAUGUUUCUUGCAUUUUUUGCUGUAACAUUGCUUGCCCAUUAUGAGAACUGGGACCCUGUGAUGGAAGGUAUUCGGAGGUGCUACAUCUUUGUGUUUAGAAGAAAUCGACCAGUCAGAAUCUCUGAUUGUGAAGAUGAGCAAACCGAAUCAUUGAUUGGAAUCAACUCUGGAGACCACGAAGCAUAAUUAGUUGUGUUUCAUGUUCAUGUUACAUAAAGAAGCAGAUCUGUGAACUCAUUUGGUUUCUCAUAAUGAUAUCAAGAGACAGGAAAUUGUCAGGUGUUGUAACAAUUUAUAGUGAAUAUUUGACUGAUAUUUGCCCUGAUAUAUGUAAUGAAUGUUAUAAUGGAAUUUCAUAUUUAGAAGUUUGCAAGAUAAGAAGAAAAUCACUCAGCAGUUUGGAUAAUUUGAUGCAGUGGAGGUAUUUUCAAGUAUUUGAAUAAAUGAACUUAAUAGACAAAUAGGCAUGCAGUUACAUACUGAUUUUUAUUGCUGUUUGCCAGGGUUUUCAAUAUAAACUAGAUUAUACUGUAGUUCAGAGAAUAAUGAUUCACUCAUGUGUGUAUCUGUUGCACAUCAUCUGUUUUAUUACCUUUAACCAGUUGCUUUAAAGCAGGGAUGCCCAAUUUUGAGCCUGGGUUUGUUAUUUGUGGUUAGCACACAGCUUAGAUAUAAUCACAUAUAUAUUGACCUGGCAUGUUGAUUUAUUGGUAAGAAACCUGAUCUGUAUUUAGAGGUAGUAGUUAAAAGGCUCACCUAUAAGCUGCCCCAGAUUUUUCAUGGUUUUAGUCAUACAUUGAAAUUAACCAUGACUGCUUUCUCUACCACACUUUCCUGUUCACUGUACAUAAUGAUCCUACUGGGCAUAUUUGUCCCAACACAUUUAUUAGAAAACAAUAUUUCUAUAUAUUCAGAUGUCUUUCAUAAUGUCAUCAUGGAAUAGCUUGAUAUUUUGCAUAGAUUCAAUUUUUUUUUUUUA